UAGGCAUGGCACUGUUUUGCUGCUGUGCAACACCCGACAAUGCCACGGGUGUUGCAGAAGUGCCAGCAAUUCAAGCAAUGCCAAAAAUUGAUCCCGCAUUGGAGGUUCGACAGGAUGUGGAAUCGACAGCACUGGAGGCAAAGAGCGCAGCUCCCAGCUUUGGAUCAUUCACAGUUGUCCUUCGAACACAGGAGCACGCAACACUUGGCUUGACCAUUGAUUCGACCAGUGACAAAGCACCUCCGAUGAUCACGGAGAUCUCGGAGGGUGCCGUUGCAAAGUUCAACAAGCUGCAUCCAGAGAAGGCUAUUCAGCCUCAUGACGUGGUAUCAGCCAUGGAUGAUGCACAAACCAUUUUGGAAGUCUGUGAGAAAUUGAGCGGUCCUUUGGGUGACUCUGUGAGAUUGACGUUGAAACGCCCAAAGGAGGUGAAUCUAUCACUUUCCAAACCUGGCUCGCUUGGCCUCAAGCUAGACUACAAUGACACUUCAGUCGGUGCCGUGAUUUCAGAACUGGUGGAGUCAGGACUUGUGGCAAAAUGGAAUUCCGAGAAUGCUUCUGAUGCUGUGUGUGUUGGUGAUCGAAUUAUUCAGCUCAACGGAGAUCAAAUGUCAGGUACCGACCUACUAGGAAGAUUGAGGACUGAGAACACAUUGCGUCUCAAGGUGUUGAAAUAUUGAGAUGUUCCGUUUUUUUCUGGUUUCCGGCCAGUGAU